UCUGUAAGGGGCAGGCUUGUUUUUGUUUGUUUCUAAAAACUGAAUCAAACAUUUUUUAUAACUUAAAAAUAUUAAAUACGUAGUUGUUUGUUUUGUACAUAAUGUUGAUCAAAGUACAUAGUAAUUUAAUAUUAUUGUUUACCAUCUAUAUUAUCGAUAAUUAACUGUAAUUUAUUAAUAAAGUAAUGGCUAGUUUGAAGUUAUGCCGUGCUUGUUUAGGCGCAGAAGGACCUUUUACGUUUUCACUCUUCGACAAUAUAUCUGUAGAACAAUACAGUUUCUGUACAUCUGUGGAGUCUGUUUUACAGGUGCAAAAAGAUGAUGAUCUACCAAAAAGUAUUUGUAAAUCAUGUCAUGAACUCCUCAUCCAAUUCUCGCAAUUCAAAAAAAUGUGUAUUCUGUCCCAAAACUCUCUAUUGGAGAGGAAAUGUGGGAAUGUGAAGAUUGAAAUAAAUAUAAUAAGUCCCUUCAAGCAUGAAUGUGAUCAUGGAACUGUAAAGGAAGAGGAUUACAAUGAUAAUUUCUUUUGUGAUGAUAUAUCAGAGGAUUCAAAACCCUUGAAGAAUGACAUAAACAAUAAAGGAAAAUUAAAUGACAGAUAUACAAAAAAAUUGCUAAAACGAAAAAAGAGAUCCAAAACAAAAGAAGGCGGUAAAAAGCAUAAAUUGGAGCAUGCAGGCAAAAUCGCGCCUGUUCACUGUCUGCUAUGCAAUAAAACAUUUGCCUCGUCUAAUGGACUGAAAAGGCACAAUGUAAACACACACACCCUUGUUAGCUUAAAGUCACUACAAUGCAAUACAUGCGGCAAAAUAUUCAUGAGUCAAGACUCGUUAAAGCUGCAUGUGAAGAGUCACAGUGAUAUACCGCAAAAGAUACACGUGUGUGACGUUUGUGGAAAAAAUUACCGCGACAAAUCAGCUUUAAAGCGCCAUCUGAAAACACACAAAGAAAAUAGGGAACGAGAUUAUACAUGUGAACGUUGUGGCCAGAAAUUUUACAGUAACGCAAGCCUUGCAAACCAUGUCUUUAGGAAGCAUUCGUGUCGCAGGUACAUAUGCGAUAUGUGCAACUACCCUUUUACGCAAAAAUACAAUUUGAUCCAGCAUUUACUUAUACAUGAAGGCAAAAAAUUGUACACAUGUGAGAUUUGCCAGAAAGCAUUUAGGACCCAAGGGACUUUCACCGAACAUAGGAGGACGCAUUCAGGUGAAAGGCCGUAUGCUUGCACUUAUUGUCCAAAAAGUUUCAUAUCUCGAAGGAGGUUGAAUGAUCACCAUUUGACCCACACAGGAGAGAGACCACACAAGUGUAUAGAAUGUAAUCAGAGCUUUAGCCAAAGAGGAACAUUGAAGAGACAUAUGAAAGUGCAUGAGAAGACAAACAAUUUGACGAUUUCAGACUGAUGUUGUUUUAUGGAUUAGACAUACUAAGACUAAUAAAAUAUUUGAUAUUAAAA